UGUUUCACCAAAAUAGAAAGCAUGGUGUCAAAACCUGGUUGCUUCUAUGAACAAGGGAGCUUUCCAUCAAUCAAAAUCCUCAUACUUUUACUCCUUCAUUCUAUACUUCACAAAGCCAACUCAGGCUGCAGCAAUAACUCUUCUUCAAGUUCCUUAGUUCCAUUUCCACCACAUGAGAUUCUCUCAUCAUUGCAAACACUUCCUCUAGAUGGCUACUUUAGCCUAAGUAACAAUGAGGAUGCUGCCAAGGACUUUGGCAACAUACACCAUUUUCCUCCCCUAGCAGUGCUGCAUCCAAAAACAGUUUCUGAUAUAUCACGCACCAUAAAGCAUGUUUUUGAAAUGGGGUUUGCCUCAGAGCUUAAGGUUGCUGCCAGAGGCCAUGGUCAUUCCCUGCAAGGCCAGGCACAGGCAAAUGGGGGUCUAGUCAUUAACAUGGAGUCACUGCAGGGUCCUGAAAUGAAAGUCCACGUUGGAGAGUUCCCUUAUGUGGAUGUCUCAGGGGGAGAGUUGUGGAUAAACAUUCUGCAUCAAACUCUUAAACAUGGCUUGGCACCAAAGUCAUGGACAGAUUACCUUCACCUCACUGUUGGAGGCACUCUUUCAAAUGCUGGUAUAAGCGGGCAAGCCUUCAAACAUGGACCUCAGAUCAAUAACAUCUUUCAGCUUGAAGUCAUCACAGGAAAAGGAGAGGUGGUUACCUGCUCAGGGAACCGAAAUGCUGACCUUUUUCAUGGUGUACUUGGAGGGCUUGGUCAAUUCGGUAUCAUCACAAGGGCUAGAAUUUCUCUUGAAACAGCACCAAAGAUGGUGAAAUGGAUUAGAGUGCUCUACUCAGAAUUCUCUAUAUUUACUAGGGAUCAAGAGCAUUUAAUAUCACUAAAAAACACAUUUGAUUAUAUUGAAGGGUUUGUGAUCAUAAACAAAACUGGCAUCCUUAACAAUUGGAGAUCAUCCUUUGACCCCAAAAGUCCACUUCAAGCUAGCCAAUUCAAUUCUGAUGGAAGAACCUUUUACUGUCUUGAGAUGGCAAAAUACUUCAACCCUGAUGAAGCAGAACUCAUGAAUCAGAAUAUUGAUCACCUACUAUCAAAGCUGAGUUACAUCCAACCAACUCUCUUCAGAUCAGAAGUUUCUUACGUGGAAUUCCUCGACAGAGUGCAUGUUUCUGAGAAAAAGCUAAGAGCAAAAGGCUUGUGGGAAGUCCCCCAUCCCUGGCUGAACCUUCUGAUCCCAAGAAGUGAGAUUCAUGACUUUGCUGAAGAAGUAUUUGGCAAAAUUCUUAAGGACACAAGUAAUGGCCCCAUACUCAUUUACCCCGUCAACCAAACAAGAUGGAACAGUAAGACAUCUUUGGUUACCCCAGAGGAAGAUGUUUUUUACCUGGUGGCUUUUCUAUCCUCGGCAGUCCCAAAUUCUACUGGUGCAAACAGUUUAGAACAGAUUGAAGCCCAAAACAAAAGGAUCAUUGAAUUCUACACCAGUGCACAGCUGAAAGUGAAGCAAUACCUUCCCCAUUACAGCACACAGGAAGAAUGGGAAGCCCACUUUGGGUCACAAUGGGAGGCAUUCGUGGAAAGAAAAAAGGCCUAUGACCCACUAGCACUGCUUGCCCCUGGCCACAGAAUCUUUCAAAAGGCAGUGUCUGCUUCAUGCUAGUCUUAUGUGCGUGAGGUUGUGAACUAAUGCUAAUUAAUCAUGUAUGUUUCUUCCCUGGCCUUCCUCUUAAUAAUUGUGAGCGUGGCCAAUGCAUUUUCUAUUCAAAAGGAGGCUUGCUUUUUAGGUCAUCAUUACAAGAUUGUCUCAGGAAAACACCAAUAGUCAGUUAGUGGUGAUAUUUUAAGCUGAUUGCAGGAAAUUGUAUGGCUAAAUUCAGGGCCACCCUUGUAAGACAAAAAUAUCAGCAAAGAAAAUUAUUAUUAAAUGUAAAGAAAAGGUUAAAUAAAGAGAAAUUAUUGUUUUCUUCUGAUUUUUUAACUGAAAUAACUAGCCAUUCGUUUGCUUAAACUUUCUUUCUACUGCCAUAAUCAUACAAAUAGCACAAAGCAAGCUUGUUCAGAGAGGGGGGGAAAACUCCAUCUGGUCAAAUUUUCCAUUGAUCACUUCCCAAAUGCCUGUACAAUUAGGCACUUGAGUCUUGUAAUCUUUUUCUACCAAAAGUGAGCUAUAUUGUUCAUGGAUUCUGAUUCAUAAUCAGAAGUCAAAUUUCAGUAGUCAUUUAAAAAGUCAUGGAUUUUUCUAUUUCCUCCCUUUUUCUAUUAGAUCAUGUGAUCAAACCAUCUCGACAUAAUUUUAUCAACUCCUCAAUGGAAUAAUUAUUAAGUAUAAUCUAUUGAGAAUCUAAUCAGAAAAUAUUGAUAAUGUAAUACUUUUUGCACCAUAAUUAUAUCAUUGAAAAACAUUAAUUUUUGUUAUUUUUUUACUGUCCUCCAUGCAGUUCGAAUCCAAUAGGCUCAUUAACACAAUGAGUAACUAUGUAAUAUAACAAACCAUAUAUUUAAGAGCUAAGACCAAUCAAUUUUGAAAUGCAACUGCAAAGGAUCUCACUUCGUCUACCUACCAAGAUUCCACUAAAUUCUUCAUCACCUUAUGAAAUUAACCUAAAAUAACGAAACACCCGAGUACAUGGUACAACAAAAUUUUGUCAUACAUCACAAAAGAAAACAUGUUCAAAGACAAACAAAAAAAU